CGGAUCUUCACCGUUUUACCCCUACACAUUGGCGAAAAUGAGAGAGAUUCUGCACAUCCAGGGAGGGCAAUGUGGGAACCAAAUAGGAGCAAAGUUCUGGGAGGUUGUGUGCGACGAGCACGGCAUAGACCCCACCGGGCAGUACACCGGUAACACCGACAUUCAGUUGGAGAGGGUGAAUGUUUAUUACAACGAGGCCAGCGGCGGCCGUUACGUACCUCGCGCGGUGCUCAUGGACCUCGAGCCAGGCACUAUGGACAGCAUCCGCGCAGGGCCUUAUGGCCAGAUUUUCCGACCGGAUAACUUUGUUUUUGGCCAGUCCGGGGCCGGAAACAAUUGGGCUAAAGGGCAUUACACGGAAGGCGCUGAGCUCAUUGAUUCGGUGCUCGAUGUUGUUAGGAAAGAGGCUGAGAACUGUGAUUGCUUGCAAGGAUUUCAAGUAUGUCACUCACUUGGAGGCGGAACCGGUUCUGGAAUGGGAACUCUCCUCAUUUCAAAGGUAAGAGAAGAAUUUCCGGAUCGAAUGAUGCUCACCUUCUCUGUCUUUCCAUCUCCGAAGGUUUCAGACACCGUCGUGGAGCCUUACAAUGCCACACUUUCCGUUCACCAACUGGUUGAGAAUGGAGAUGAAUGUAUGGUCCUCGACAACGAAGCCCUCUACGAUAUAUGCUUCAGGACUCUUAAGCUCACCACCCCAAGCUUUGGGGAUUUGAAUCAUCUGAUUUCGGGAACUAUGAGCGGAGUUACUUGUUGUCUACGCUUCCCUGGACAAUUGAACUCGGAUCUGCGAAAGCUAGCCGUGAAUUUAAUCCCAUUCCCUCGACUACACUUCUUCAUGGUGGGAUUUGCACCUCUGACAUCUCGAGGAUCGCAGCAGUACUGCGCAUUAUCCGUCCCCGAACUGACACAACAAAUGUGGGAUGCAAAGAAUAUGAUGUGCGCAGCAGAUCCGCGCCAUGGGCGUUACCUCACAGCAUCAGCGAUGUUUCGAGGCAAAAUGAGCACGAAAGAAGUUGACGAACAGAUGAUGAAUGUGCAGAACAAGAACUCCUCCUACUUUGUUGAGUGGAUUCCAAACAAUGUCAAGUCCAGCGUUUGUGACAUUCCGCCGCAAGGUCUUAUAAUGUCUUCGACAUUUAUUGGAAAUUCGACUUCUAUACAAGAGAUGUUUCGAAGAGUGAGCGAGCAGUUCACGGCAAUGUUUAGGAGGAAGGCCUUUUUGCACUGGUAUACCGGAGAGGGAAUGGAUGAGAUGGAGUUUACGGAAGCGGAGAGUAACAUGAACGAUCUUGUUGCGGAAUACCAACAGUACCAAGAUGCCACGGUUGACGAAGAUGGCGAUUACGCCGAAGAGGGAGAAGGGAUGGGAGGUGGAGAAGAACUCUGAAGGUGUUUGAUUUGACGAGUUUGCUGUUUCGUGUGAUGCAAGCAAUAAUUAACGUUAUAAUUAAGGUGUUCAUUUUUGCAAACAUAAUCUACGAGUACUGCAAUAUUGUGUUUGUAUGGGAAUUUAGUAAAUUUAGUUUUCCUUCAUAAGUGAAGCCCUUGCUUGUAAUAAGCUUUUUGCUUCUAGG